ACGUCCUAGUUAGUAUAAAACAACACUUCAAGUUAAUCCGUUUACUUGAAACCAACUUUUAUCUUGAAACUAUUAUGACCGUUAACAAAUAUUUUCCUCGGACCAGUUUGAUAGGAAUUCAUAGAGGCUCAUUCUUUUUUUAAUAACAAAGAAAAGCACAAGGACGAUUCAGGAAUGCUUGAAGGUUUGCAAGUCACGCAACAUCAUCGACAUGCAUAACGUGCAGCUAGCAGCGCAAUCGUCGUUGCAUGGCAGUUAUGGCCAAUUACGAGCAAGCUUUUGCAUUAACCUGUAUUAGUCAUAAUCGAAAACAUGCAGCGAAAUGUGAUCAUGAAUAUCAAACUCAUGAAUAUUGUUGUGAAUCCAGCCUUCGCAAGAAAUGGUUUCGUAAAUCUGCCGCUUGGUUGAGAAAAAGAAAUUUGUUGGGUAUUUCCAUCGAAUCGCAGACGAUCCAAGUGCUCUUUUCAUCGGUUUUAAAUCAUCUCACCGUGUAUUUGUGGACUUUAUUACGAGCUGAAAGAACGACAAGAACAAUUAAUAGGUGCAAAACGAUGCAAAGUGUGCGAACAAUGACGAACCGUAAUUUUUGUUUGAUUAUUUUGGCUCUGAGUCUUUGCGGGUCUGUCGUUGAGGCUAAAUACGUUGAAGGAUAUUUGAAGACACCUAAUAACUGGGCUUUCCUUACGCGGUUUUGCUUCCUGUCCAACGAAGGGAAGUUCACCUUCGAUGUCGAAUACGAAGUUGAACACAACACCCAUCAGAAGCUGCUGCUCUACUACGAUGAACCUCAUCAGUGGCAAGCCGUCUACAAAACUGAUAAAACGUGUCAUGAGAAGGAAAACGUCAUGAAAGUCGCCAGAAAUCAGUUCAUCAACCUGACGCUCUUCGCUCGCAUGUCGGAGUGUGAGCUUAUCAGGACUUUGCCAGCCAACCAGAGCUCCAUGCACUGCCAGGGCGACAGGGUAUUCACCAGCUCGAGAGAACGCUGGUGGUUCAUCGGCCUGAGUAACUGUGAGGCAACGCAGGGCCUUAACCUGAAAUACAGAUUUGUGCUCACCAAUGGCUACAGUUACUGGUACAAGCACUUCUCUGCCGACGAAUUUUUUAUCUUGCAAACAAAUAUGAGCGCAAUCACCAUCGAGAUGGCCAUCUUCUUCUUGAGUCUUAUGAGCGCCUCUGAACUGAAGCGGCGACAGAUGUUACACUCGACGUACCGUCUCUACAUCUACGCGGUGGUGCUGCACAUCUGUGGACUGGUGCUGUUAUCGGCGCACUAUGGCCGAUAUGGCGUCGAUGGCAUAGGCUAUCCGUACGUCAAAGUUUUCGGUCGUGUUUUUUCGAGCAUAAGCACGAUCAUCACGGUGCUGUUCGUGCUGCUCAUGGCCAAAGGCUACAACAUCACCAGAGGCAGGCUCAGGUCGCGCACUACGGUCCGACUCACCGCCUUCAUGAGCAUAUACACCGUCACUUAUGCUAUGCUGUUCGUAUACGAGCAACAGUUUUUCGACCCGGGCGAAGUGCUGUACCUGUACGAGAGUGCUGCAGGGUACGGUCUGGUCACGCUCAGGCUGCUGGGCUGGCUCAUGCUGCUCUACAGUUGCUUCUUCACGCUCAAGCAUUAUCCUGACAAGGGAAGAUUCUAUACUCCAUUCCUCAUAUUCUACACUCUUUGGUUCAUCGCUGGUCCUGUGGUGAUAUUGAUCAGCAAUCUUGUCAUCGACAAAUGGGUGAGAGAAAAAGUUGUCAAUGGAGUGGAACAAGCCAUCGUCAUCUGCGGCCACAUCUUCUUUCUGUUCAUAACGCGUCCGAAUGCUGCGAAUUUCCCAUACCACGUACGCACGACGCAAAUCAUGGCGAUGGAGAAGACAGAGAACGGUAAGCUCGGUAACAACUCCCUGGACAAGUUCUCUACCCACGUGUACGCACCGGACGUUCCUGAAGGGCCUAAGAAUUACACUUCUCCUGACCUCUUCAUCGUCUCUGGCUCCGUUCAUAUGAGACCUGUUAUGAAUAUGUCAACCUUAGGCAGAAUCGACGAGCAACAAAAUCACUGGAAGGAAACUCCUCCUUUCCCUAUAGCAUCGGAACGAAAUUACUCCGCGGACAACAGUUCCUUGUCGAACAGCAGCAGAGCUUUGCUCUCCUCUGACCUCAAGAACUUCCCGUCAAGUAACGUCAAGUUUCAGGUCGAGACUCGUCGUAGUUCUGUUCCUACAACCAAUUCCGUCCCUCCUGUGUGCGAUUCAAGCUCUAACGGAUCUGUAGCUCAUCUAAGUGAACUGGAGGAGCGGUCGAAGCAGGACCAAAACAAGUCAAAACGCGGACGGCGUACGAGUGUUGCUGGAGGGGAGAAGGAUGGAGGUUUCAAAGGACGCCUCAAGCCGCUUUCUGCUUUGCCUCCAUUAAGAUCAAAGGCCGCUACCACGACCUCGUCCACCGUGUAUAAAGUGAUCAACCCUUCAGCGCCCCCGCUCUCAGAGGCGCCACCCGAUGCCUGAAGCGCAUUGCUAGAUUAUACUUUAAAAAAAAGGUAAGAGAUCGCAAGUUCAUCAGCCAA